ACUUAACUUGUACAGGAGUCGGGCGAUCGCGCUUGUUUUGACUUUCGCAAGUUAAUCGACAAAAAAUCAGGUAACUUCAAUGGACCGCAACUUUUCUUAUCCAUUCAACAACGAACCAAAUCUUUGUAGCAAUCGGAUAAAUAGGCCGGUAUAUUAGUCUACGCAGCUUGGAAGCGUCUAAUCAGCGCCCACGACUUCUUCGACUCGGUGCAUAGUGAUAAAACUUGUGGUGCCACGCACGUCAGUAAUCCCCGAUAGCAAGUAGAAUUAACGAUCAAUAGUCGAGGCUAGAUCUGUAUAAGAGAGGUUUCAAAAAUAGGGCGCACUCUACUGCGGUCAGCCUCUUAAGGAGGAAAGAAAAUCUUCUUUAUUUGGAUCCGCAUCAGGAGUUAGUCAUCUGAUUACUCGAGACCAUCAGCCGUGCGUCAAAGACAGACCGACAGACCAGAUCGAGGGGGGUUCAAAAAGCGAGCGAGCCAAAAGCUUAAGACCCUUUGACGUGCCGUCUUCUGCCGAAACAUAUUUUGAGGACGUGAUAUACUGAAUUUCCAUGAGUACUUCACAGUUCACGACACAAACAAAGAGCGCAGAAAGAGACAGCGAUCCAUACACCGUAGAGCAUGGAUCAUAGAGGGAGUAGGGAGAAGAGCAGCAGAAAGCAUCAGGCACCGUGCUAUUGUUCGCAACAGAGGAAGACGUCUGUGCGCGAUAUAACCGCACGAGGCAAGGGUCCACAGACUACGCUAAAGAAGGAUCUCUCGGCGCGGUCACUGGCUACAAAAGAUGGGGAUUCCGUGUCAGCAAUGUCUAGAACAUUUAUGCUUCCACAAAGCCCCGCACUCCCCACAAAGGAGAAGAUGACAGUUGCAGAGCUGGUAGAUUUUGAGGCAGAAAAAGAGGAACCCGAAUUACACAGGCAGCGAAUGCUGGCAAGCGAGAGGAGGAUAAUAUAUGGAGCUUUUAUUGACAAGAGUGCUGAGGACGGAAAGACUACCGAGUUUUCACAGAGCUCGUCCAAACCACAUUGGGCACCACAGUAUCAAGUACAAGGCUCCUCGGUUGCUCACAACCCACUCUCGCCUGUCCCCUCUCUACCACUUCCACCGCUUCCUAAGGCCUCUAAGACCUCUUUUGUCUCAAAUGACUUCAUUUCGCGAUCAUCCUCGUCUCCUCUUAGUGCCUCCGUCAGCCGGAGCAAUGACCAUGUGUGGACAUCAGAAUCCGACCAUGGGCAUAAUCAACCCAACAACCCUAGCUUUCUCAAUCCAGGAAGGCCGUCUUCCGUCCGUACGCUGCGGCGAGAGUCGUCAAUAGAAGCUCUGCGUCACGAACUAGCAUUUGCUUCACUUUCUCUCAGAGUCUCAAGAAGGAGCUCUAAUUCUUCGACGUUGUCCAAUUUGUCCACUCUCUGUGGUAGCUAUAGCUGGUCCGAAAGCGAUACCCAGAUUGGAGAGGCGGUACUGCAAGAUCCAAGCCUAGCCUUCCAGCCCCAGGCUUUGCCCUAUCCCAAAGCCAAACCUGCUUUAUCACGACUCAGUAUUGGCUCAGCUUCAUCUGAAUCACUGUCCAUCGUCCUCGGGAACGACACACCCUCAGCCGUGAAAACUUUGACUUCUAUUGAACUACAGACGCUGCCUUGCCACCCAAUCCCGAACAAAUCAUCCCCCAAGUCGACGAGAAAAUCCAUUGAAUGCGACUCCGUCACAGAGUUGGAAGUUUCGCCUUCAAAAAGUCAUUUUUCACCGUUAGAGGUAAAACAUAAGGUGCGGAUAUCAAGUUCUCUGGCGACCCAUGUAAUGUGGCCAGAGGGCACGGAAGAAGACAACAUCCCCAUCAAUGCGGUAGAGGCGGUCGGGAAGCAACCAACCGUGAAUCGCGGUGUGUGGGAAGAAACGGGCCUAUCACCUAGAAGCAAACCCCUCAAUAUCCCCCCUGGACCGCAACCUAUGAAAGAGAAGGAAGCGGAAGCGUUCCAAACUGUUCAGUCCCCACCUCAAGCAAAUGGAAAAGGACACAAAAGGUCUGACUCUUCGUUAAGCGUGAUUCCGGCUUUUCCUCUGCCGCCGGAUAGGGCAGAGGCGCCCCAAAUCAGGUCGACCAUUGCUUCGGCAGCAAGGAAAAAAGAAGUAUCUCGACUAUCACAUGAUGAGGAAGAGGAUGGUGCCGCAGUUUCACUCGAGGAGAACGUUUGCCCCAAUUCAUGGCUGUUGGCUAGCCUACUAUCCGCAGACGGAAAGGAAAAUGCCAGGGCUGGAAAACGACUAAUUGUUGACCCUCCCAAAACAGAUAUAAAUCUUUCUGGUAAUGAGAUGGGCCGGUUAGUAUCAGAAAGACGACCCUCGAGCCCAGAGCUACACGAGCUCAUCGAUAACGCGAGAAAAUCACGAAGGAAAAGAGAUAACACAAAUGAACAAAUAGAGGAAGAGAUGGAAGAAAGUGAUUUAGAUCUUUCCACGUCGCUGACUCAGCUCGCCGUCAACAUGAACAUCCUUGCACCACAUUCCCAACUUCUCGAUGAUGAUCUUCCCUUCCCUAGCCCUUUUCUCUCAGUCUCUUCUCAUGACAACUUGUCUGUGUCGGAUAUCGGGCACCCAAUAUAUUCACGUACCGUCUCUUCCUCUGCUGUUUUGAAAGAUGGCCGGAUAAUGGCCAGCGACCAGGGUUGGAGCGGAAGCGAGAGUGAAGAGGAUGGUUGGAACGAGGCAAUGGGAAAAAGAACCCUCAGGAAAGGGAAAUCGCCGCCCAAUAAGAAUAUCAGAUCUCCAAGCUCAAGGCGAAACGCGACCCCUACUGUAAAGUCAAAGGUCCACGUUGAUGAAGAGGCAACACCCAAAUUCUCCCAACUUUUCGCCUACCGUACUCCAAUUCCCAAUCCCUUCCUCACAUCUAGUAUCUCAAGUGCUGAGGUAAAACGUCUAUCGGAGGUCUCCUCUGCCACUUGGUCGACCACAAGCACCACUUCCACUCGGGGGCCGAUAACACCAUUGCCGUUACUUAGCCUCACACGUAAUGUACCGAUGACAUGCACUUUCUCAUCCACCUCGACCGCAUCCUCAAUGCUGGAUGAUUUUCCUUGGGAUGCGUCUUCUCCACCCAUCUCUCCAAUUCGGAAAACAUCGUCAAACGAAAAUAGGGUGGGCCCGAGGAGGUUUUCUAUGUCUCCGUCAUUAACGACAUCAGACGAGAAAAUGGUGGUGAGAAACAGAAAAACAACCACUUUGCGCUCCCUACCCAGACCACUUAGAGAUAUCGAAGGGUGGGGGGAACCGGAGAUCUUACUGGAUGGUGGGACUUGGGGUGGCGAAUCAAGCCCUGAUGUCAUGUCCACUUUUUCUGAAGAAUCCAAACCUGUCGUCAUCCAGGGUGGAUGUCAAUCGACCUCGUCGUCUAUACACUCAAAACUCCAAGAAUCCAAAAGUUGCAAUCAAAAACAAGAGAGGAAUCACGACGUAAGCAAAUCCCCCAGUUCCAAUAUGCGGGUUUGCGGGGACGAAGUUGAGCUCCACCGCCACGUGACUGCAUCAUCAGAGGAGCAAGCUAUAAAUCCUGAUAUAUGGGCCGGAGAAGCAGUGGGAAGAUUGAUGGAUGAAGGAUUGGAUGAGUUAUUGAGCGAUUUUGAUUUCUGAUUAUACCAGAGCUUUUUCAAGAGUGGGGCCCAAUGCGCGAUUGAGGUUUUGGUGUAUACGUAGUCAAAGAUAGAUGCUGCUUUAUCUGGAAUAAUAGUAGUAUUGAAACGCCUUCUCGUAUCUAAAAGUACAUAGACUUAGGGGGGAUUGUGUUAUCGGGUCUUGCAUGUCACCUUGUAUCUUCCUGAAUUUAUUUAUCCA